CUUUGACAAAUUGCACACGGCAGGGAAGUGGGCAGUGCGUCUAAGGUGUGACAUGAAGGGCGAAGGCUAGAGAGGCUGUCCCUCUGCCUGCAGUAGCACACCAGUUCUAGGCUUAUCCUCACUCAACGUUGUGGAGGCACAUGACUGCAAUGUGACUCAGCUAGGUGUCAGGUGUGGCUUUUAGUCAAAGCAAGCAACAUCAUUCUGUUUAAGUUCAAAGUCAAAUCUCAGAGCUAGCAGACAAGUCGAAACAGAACAUCGGAACAAAGGUUUGGUCAGAUACCGUGUGUUUGGUCAGAUACCGUAUAGAUCCUACAUAGCUAUAUUCAUGUAUUUAAAUAUUAGCUGGCUUUAUGGCAACUUGUUGUUAUCAAAACAGUCACACAGGUUUGUUGUUACCAUGUCAUUUAUUGUCUACUCUGGUAUUUCCCGUUGUAUAACAUGCUGUCUUUCUUUGACUGCGUAGUAUGUUUACGUAGAACCUCUCCUCUCAUUAGUAGCCCUUUAGGUUACAUAUCCUGCAACCUGUAGUUAAUUACCCCGGGCAAGGGUGAAAUCACAGCCCCCAACACAUUGGGUCCCAUGACCCCUUAGUUCAAUAGUCUUACUGUAUCCUCAAUAGUUAUUGAUAUAUUCUGGUUCAGAGGGUGGACUCUAUACACACAAUAGCCCGGAUAAGUAUCCAGAGUAUUUGUUCAGUUUGACCACAUGGCUAAUUUGUUUCUCUGGGUGGAGAGCAUGUCCUGUCAACUCAGGAUCUUAGUGACAAUCACUGCCUCAGUCACUAACCUAACAGAAAUCUAAGCUUGUCUUAUUGACUUUGAUUACUGUUAUGACAACCACAUAAUAUGCAUGACUAGUGAACCAAUGAAAUGGUAUGCUGAUAGAGAACUAGCCUCGUCAGCAGAUGUCUGCCCGCACCCUAAAACCUGUCUGUGGUCUGAGUUUAUGAUUGACCAGUAUUCCUCAUGCUAAAAUAAUCAUUGUCAACUUUACGAAUACAUGCAAUAAUAGUGAUUAGAUGCGUUUGCCUUUUCUUAAUAAACUUAUAAACGAACAGCCUUUCCUUUUGGCAGGCCAAAUGACGUGUCUUGGACCAAAUUGUAGAAUUGGGCACCAGAGCCUGAUGGGCAUUCUCCUGCUGGGCUGCUUGCUGACCUGUCUACUGUACCGACCUGCUAUCACCUGGCUCCCUGUCCUGGCCAAGCACUUCCAGGCGGAGCACAAACGGGAUGUUACCGUGCUGGUCUGGCACUGGCCCUUUGACCAUCCCUUUAAACUGAACUCCUGCAGGUCCUUGUACAACAUCGAAGGCUGUCACCUGACAGCGGACAGAGAGCUGUACAGUCACGCGGAUGCCGUUCUCAUCCACCACAGAGAAAUCGAAGAGGAUUUAUCCAACCUGCCCCAAGAACCACGGCCCUCCUUCCAGAAAUGGGUGUGGAUGAAUUUCGAAUCGCCGGCACACACGAAUAGAAUACCUGGCUUGGAAGAUCUGUUUAAUGUGACUUUGAACUACAGGCAGGAUGCAGACAUCAACAUGCCUUAUGGAUCUCUCGUCCCUCGGACUAAAGAGAGGGAGGAGUUUGUCCCGCAUAAAAACCGACUGGUCUGUUGGAUCGUUAGCAACUGGAACCCAGGACACAAGAGGACUUGGUACUACAUGGAGCUGCGCAAAUUCAUCAGGAUUCACACCUACGGGGACCCUUUCAACAAAAGGGUAUCUCUUAGUGAAUACAGAAUGAUCGUGGCCAGCUGUAAAUUCUACUUGUCUUUUGAGAACUCCGUCCAUAAGGACUACAUCACAGAAAAACUAUAUAAUGCUCUCAAGUUGGGCGCAGUUCCUGUGGUCAUGGGCCCGACAAGAGGGAACUAUGAGAAGUUCAUCCCUGGAGAUUCCUUCAUCCAUGUGGAUGACUUCCGCUCGCCCAGAGCCCUGGCCAAACACCUCCUCUUCUUGGACGAGAAUGAGGAGAUGUACCGUAAAUACUUCAAGUGGCAGAGGAUCCACACGGUCCGUAUCAACAGCUUCCCCAUUCAGAAUGCCUGCAACAGCUGUGAGUACAUCAGAGGCCACCCUGAGAAUCGGAUGGUUACUGAGCUCGAUAAAUGGUUCUGGGAGGAGUGAUGCGGAGCAAAUCUACUACCAAUAAACAAUAUCCACUUCUCCAUAGUCCAGGGUGGGGGGGAACUGAGCAAUAUGUAUCUUUUACACAAUGGCAGAAGUGCCAAAUUCUAUUUCAUUAAAGUACAUUCACCGAACCUCCCCCACUUGAACAAUUAAUGGGGCGUUACAAGUCAAAAUUGUAUAUAUUUUUUACUUCUGUCUUUUGCUACUGUGCUACCACAUGUUAACUGAUAAACCGUGUGGUGGUGAAAACCACCGUUAUCUACUUGUUUACUGUUGGGUCGUUCCACUAAGCGUGCCUUUCGCAUCCCUUUUAUAUUGGUGCACAAUGUUCUGCACUAAUAUUACAUUUUAAAAGCCUGUUAUAUUAAACAAAGUGAGCUUUUUUAAUAGAGACCGAAUAGAGAAAUAAAUCAGAUAUGUAUAAAGGCUUGCUGAAGUACCAAAAUGUAGCCUUUUGACAUGUCCCUCCAUCAACCCUGUGUCACUUCUAGGAACAUUUUAACCCCCUUAAUCCCCAAGUUUCAACAUCAUUGUAAAGCCAUAGUUAUUUUACUUUAACAAAGUCAUCUCUGAAGAUGUAUUCGUUUCAUGUGAUUAGUGAUUCAUUUACCUCUGUCCCUCAUUGUAAGGUCAACCCUGUUAUGUGAACUGGCCUGUCGUUUUUAAUAUGGUGAAAUAAUUCAUUUUUGUUAAAUAGAACAUCUAAUAGUCAAAUCAUAGCGUAAAAGCAGGUUAGCUGGUUCUACUCUUUUUGGCUGUUUCGUGGUGAAGAAACUGAGCGGGUUGGGCAGAACACGUCAACCCUGUUACUCAUAGAGACGGGCUUCCAUUCAAUUGCCACUCCCUUUAGCAACAACCUUCCAUUCCCCUGUCACAAGUGGAUGUCUGGCUUAUUUAAAAAAAAAAUCAUCAGCCCUGUUACUUUUUUUGACAUUUAAUAGGCCCUUAAUAAAAUCUUUUUUUUUUAGAUGAGGGAAAACAUUUUUUUUUUUUAUAGUUGAACAUGUGCUCUUUUAGACACGGUUAAAAUGAGGUGAAAUCAAAAGUUAUUUUUGACCAAAUUACACUUCUCAAAAGGCACCAAAUUGGUGGAAAGACCCUAUUAACAUUACUGUGAGAGAGAUUUGGUUUUGAAGUGUAAUGCCUGUUGAGAAAGUCUGGUUACUGUUGAAGGUACUAUAGCUCUCCUCCCUCUGGUCACUGGAAUAGACUCUGUGAGAGACUCCACUGCGAUCAGUCCUGCUUUUUCUAAACCACGUGAUUGGGAACGUGAUAAAGGGUAAUGUACGGUAGGUCUCGCUCAUAUACAGGUAGAACUCCCUGUACUGCCAACAGUUGUUAGGCAAUUGCCUUUUACUGUACUAUGGUUGCUAGGUUGUCACAAUGAAUGUGUCAUGUACUUUCACAUGUUAAGGGACCUUGUUCGCUCCACUGUUAGGCAACAGGGAUUGAUCACAGACUCAGAGAUUCAGUGUAUGAAUUAGGAAAAGAAAGAUUGAUGUACUACAGUGGUCUCCAGCACAAUGACUUUACUAAACCCAGUUGACACACAUGUUCCAAUACAAUGGGGUAGUUUGAGACACCACUCUUUACUGCCACCCAAGGGAGUUUUAAAGAUGUAAAUUAAUAUAUGUUGCAGUACACCUGGUGACCACUAGACAGCACUGCAACCCCACUGUACACAUGCACAUUACGUUGUUGAAAAACCAUUUGCAUCAGUGUGAAUAUGAAUAUUUAUAUAUGUGAGAAAAUGAAUACCAUUUGUCAAAUGAAUGAAUAUCUGAGCUCAAAUGAGAGGUUGGAGAAAUGGUGGAGAUUAGCUUGUUGCUUAAUGGUUUAAUUGAAACCUGCCGCUAAUUAGCUAUGGCUAUAAUCACCCAAACUUAUGAACAACUCCAUGAUUUUUUCUUCGGCUCUUUCAAAUGUAGAGAAUAGAAUGUGGCCCUGGGAAUGAGUGUAAAAUGACUGCAUCAUGAAGAACUCUUAAGUCUGCCCACAACUUUCACCCAUUCUUACAUCCCUUUGAAAGAUCCCUUCUAAUGCUUUAUUAA